AGCAGCCAUUUCGUUCAAAACUUUUGGAUGUGCCACACGCCUUGGUGCUGCGUGACUGAUGUGGCUAAGGGGAUGCCAUCAAAUGUUUCCUGAUGGCUCCACGACGACAGUAGAUGUGCAGCUUAUUCAAGGUGAUUCAGUGCAGCUCAAAGUCUCCGAAUGGGACGACCUGCCGGGCACAGUUCUGGCCGAACGUUCGCUGUUGCGCUGCUGCUGUCGCCGGAAACGCCGCCCUGAAGUGCAGGAAUUGAAGCUGGCCGACCUCUUGGGUGCUGUGUUGGACCGCGAAACGGCACAGCUGCGCUUUGUUCACUGCCCCAAGAAGCGGAAAUCAGGGCCCCGCGUGCGCGAGGAUGUGCUCCUGCGGAUCACUGGGGGGCCUGAAGCCUUGAAAGAGGUCGAAGCCUGGGCCAGGGAUGUAUCUGGUCAAUGCCACGCUGCGAGCCCAACGCCACGGAAAUUUCACGUGUUCAUCAACCCUGCCAGUGGAAAUGGUCAGGCAGAGGCCAAAUGGCAAGUGGCCCGAGAGUUGUUCAGGAGCCUGCCGUGGAUAUCAUGCCAAGAGGUGCUGACCACUCGUGCCCGCGAGGCACGAGAUGUGGCCGCAGAACUCUCUUGCAACAGCUGCGAUGGCAUUGUGGUGGUCAGUGGAGAUGGCAUGGUGCAUGAAGUCUUCAAUGGUCUGGCGAGCCGUCAGGAUGCCCAUGAUGCUCUGCGCAUCCCAGUGGGUCACAUCCCAGGUGGCAGUGGAAAUGCGUUUGCCAAAAGUAUCCUGCAUGCUGCUGGGGAGAGCUAUGGUGUCUUAGAUGCGGCCUUUUUGAUCGCGAAGGGUCGAACCCAACCGCUGGACCUCAUGGCGGUGUCACAGCCGCGUCAACCACCAAGGACAUCUUUUCUUUCGCUCUCUGGAGCCAUUGUGGCAGACAUUGAUUUGGGCUCUGAAUCGCUGCGCUUCUUAGGUGGCUUGCGCUUCCCGGUCUACACGGUGUAUUGUUUGCUGAAUCCCAGACCACUUUGCGCAGAGAUCUAUUGGCCCGCCACUGCAAGCACGUCGCCACUGGACUUGUCAUCGUCGCCACCAGCUCUGGAUCAGCCGUUGCCGGAGGGCCCUUGGGUCACCCUGACCGACAACUUCAGCGUCUUGUGGGCCAUCAACAUGGCCUGGGCCGCCUACGAUGUGCACCUUUCCCCUGGCCAUGCCAUGGGCUCUGGCACCUGGCACUUGGCGCUCCUCCGCAAUGCAGGGCGGGGGACGCUGACGAAGUUCAUGCUGGGCCUUGAAACUGGGAGCCACGUGAACUUGGACCAGACCGAGAUCCUGGAGUGCAAAGCCUUCCGCUUGGUGCCCGCCAGAUCUGCAAGCAACGCAUCCAGUUCACGCGAACGCUUCAGUCUGGAUGGUGAGGAAGUGCCAUUUGAACCCAUUCAGCUCUGGCCUUGCCCUGGUGGACAGGUCUUAGGAGCCCCAAGCGGAGAAGAGCUGGGCGGUGUCAUGGCCUCCCUCUGAGCCUUUUUUUUUCUGACGCAAAACUGGCGGUGAUGUCAGGUGAUGUCAGGUGAUGUCAGGAUGGUUUCUUAAACCACCCAAAAAAAAUCAUCCUGAAAUCUCUGCCGGCAGAUAUAUGGCAGAUAUGACAGGCACAUGGCACUGGAUCAAUGAAUUUUUUCUUGACCCAUGGUCUGGAUAUGCCUGGACCAUAUGAGCAGCUGGGUCCGCGUGAAAUGGACACCCGAUGGCCACUGCCUAAAAGGGGCAGUUGUUAUUGGGGUGCCCGUGUGGCCCCCAACACAUCAGCUGCUCUACAAAUACAGAUAUAGAAUGCUUGCUGGUAUGAUCAGCAAUCAAAGAUCAAUGGUGAUUGAUACUGCAGAUGGAGGACCUACAGUGUGGUUG